AUAAAAAGUUUUAAAAUUUAGUAAACAUUUUGGUUCUCAUUUACAAAACUGUAUUUUAUAUAGCAAACCAGCUACUAAUGUUAAGGUUUCCAUUGAAAAUUCGUUAAGUGAAAUUUUCGCAAAAUGACUUGCAGUUUCAAUAACUUACAGACUCAAUUAAUAUUUAGCAGUCUAAAUAAAAAACCAUUGUACUCCUGGGGUAAAUCGGUGCGUUGUGGUUCUAUAACACGUCUUACUGAUGAAGAUAUCGAUAAACCAGUGCUGCAAUUAUCUGCUGGUGACACGAAGAAAACCUUUAUUACCAUAAGCCUUAAAAAAAAUGUGACCAUAAACAAUAAAUUACCUAUUUUCGUUUUGAUUGUAAAAAAUAUGUAUUCACCUUUCGCUUUUGAUGUACAGGUUAAAGAUGAUAAGGAUAUGUGGCGUCGCUUUAGUUGUGGUACUACAACAGCUGAAACUCGCAUUUCCCCAUAUACUUGUUUGCUGCCAUUAAGCUUAGAUCAUGGUUGGAAUUACAUUCAAAUGGAUCUCGCCGAUUUGAUUAAAAAAAGUUAUGGAACACAAUAUGCUGAAACCUUGCGUUUACAAAUAUAUCCAAAUUGUCGUAUAUAUCGCAUAUACUUUGCUGAUCAACUUUGUCCAAUCCAUCAAUUGCCCGAAGAAUUGACUUUUAUUCAUCUUGAGAAAGAUGAAACUUCAUCAAAAUCAAUCGGUUAAAUUUAUUUAUAGAACUUAGAUGUUCAUGGUGAAAUUUUAGUAAACUUGAAAGUACAGUUUCGGAAAUAAAUUGAAAAACGUUUUAACAUUGAAAAUA